UGGCGCAGGGAUAUGACGUGAACAAGGUCUUCAUGCAUUCAACAUGGCAGCGCUAGCAUCCUUGAUGCUCAAGUCCAGAGCAGGUCUGUUGGUCCCUGGUCAGUGCGCUCUGCUGGACUCUGUGAGGUUCGCAUCUAAGAAGGCUGGUGGUAGCAGCAAGAACCUUGGGGGAAAGAGCCCUGGUCGUAGAUAUGGCUUCAAGAAACAGGAUGGUCAUUUUGUCCAGGCUGGUAACAUCCUUGCGACACAGAGGUAUUUGAGGUUUCAUCCAGGAGCACAUGUAGGGAAGGGAACCAACAACACACUGUUCGCUCUAGAGGCUGGUCAUGUACGGUUUACCAAGGAGGUCUACAUACCAUCACCUAGAAGCCUUGAGGCCACUCGGGUCAUUACCAAGCUGCCAAAAGGAGCUGUUCUCUACAAGACUUUCAUCAACGUCCUGCCAGUCAAACAGGAGGGUAAAUUCAGACUGGUGGACAUGGUGUAAAACGCAGCGGACUGGCAUGUCAUUGAUGAUUCUGGUAUUCUUGCACUGGUCAAGAACGAGGAGGAUUUGCUUCGACUGACACCUUAGCUUCCAGAGAACUAAGUGUACCACGAGUCAGUGGAAACCUGCCAACUGUGGACCUCUCCUCAGCUUCCUUUCUCUGAGUUACAGCAUUACGUGGCUCUAAACAGAAGUUAAGCUCAACCUCCUACAGCAACUUACAGUUUAUUUACAUAAAACAGGAAUGAUUUUUAAAGAAGACACAUUUCCUGUAGUCAGCAUGGAUUCUGUCAAAUAAGAAAUUAACAAUUGUGAGUCCCGCAUUUUACAAAAAAAAAUCUAAUUCCAAUGUAGCUCCAUGUUACUGGAAGUUUGAAGACGUUAAAGGUACAAGGUAUAGCCUGUAGCUGGUUAGUGAGCUGCUUCACACAGUCAGUUCACCCAAUACUUCCUACCUUACUGAACGGAGCCGGCAUCGCUGUAAUACUGAAUAUCUACAGGAUUAAAGUUGUGAAAGCCGUA